UCAGCCCACGGCAUUUUCGUUCCUCAGGCAGAUAUCUCAACAUAUGGACUCGUAAAGCUAGUAGAGAUCAUUGAAAGAUAUCAGAUCAAAGCCACUGCCCAAAUUUAUGGGUUGGCCGAAUUUUGCUGGAUCGUUCAGACUUUGGAGCCCGCCAAGCUGUCAACAAAGCAGAUAACCCAUCUUCUACAGGUAGCAAAAGUGCUUAGCGUUGCAAAACUCCGGCAGUUUCUACGUGACAUAUUUUUGCAUUAUCGCAUUGAUACUGGAUAUUUCUUCCAGGAAGAAGAAAAAGAAGAAGAAGAAGGACUUCAUCUGUUACUAGCGGCUAGCUACCAACAUGAUUCCAACGCUGAAUAUGCACAGAACAUGUUUGCUAUUGGCAUCUGGAUACUGGAAGAGUACCCAAGUUUACAUAUCAUCCGCAAAAAGCUGAACAGUGUCCCGUGCAGACAUUACGAUGCUGGGAUCGACAGAGGUAUUUGGGAUGCUCUUGGAAUUAUCGCCCAGGCAGAAGAAGACUUUUCUACGUCGAUAGAGUGGGCUACUGGCAACAGUGAAAAGGAUUAG